AUGAAUAAAGCAGUAAUGGUGGAAGUUGAUGACUGCCCUGAUGUAUGUCUGAAAGCUUUACAACAAAAGGUUACGUCUGAUACACAAAUGGUGGUUUGCAUUUUGUCCACUAAUCGCAAGAACAGAUAUGAUGCCAUAAAGAAAUUUCUUUGCAUUGACUUUUCCAUUCCCAGCCAGUGUGUACUCGCUAAGACUUUGAACAAACCUCAAACUGUAGUUUCAGUUGCUACAAAAAUUGCAUUGCAGAUGAAUUGCAAAAUGGGAGGUGAACUCUGGAGUGUAGAAAUACCUCUGAAGGACCUGAUGAUAGUUGACAUUGAUUGCUACCAUGACACAUUAUCUGGGAGGAGAUCUAUUGGAGGAUUUGUUGCCAGUUUGAACCAAUGCAUGACUCGUUGGUUUUCUCGAUGUGUUCUCCAGGAUCAAAAGCAAGAGAUUGUUGAUGCUCUGAAGUUUUGCAUGCAAGCUGCAUUAAAAGCCUGGUAUUCCCACAACAAAAAUCUACCAGCUCGUAUCAUAAUCUAUGGGGAUGGAGUAAGAGAUGGUCUACUGAAACUUUGGUGGAUUAUGAAAUAACACAGUUUCUGGAUUGCAUUAAGUCUGCCGGGAACGACUACAGCCCUAAACUAACUGUUAUUGUGGUUAAGAAAUGCAUAAAUGCACAAUUCUUUGCACAUGCUGGUGGCAAACUUAAUAACCCGCUGCCUGGGACCAUUGUUGAUGUUGAAGUCACCAGACCUGAAUGGUAUGACGUCUUCGUACUCAGCCAGGCUGUGAGAGCAGGCACGGUUUCUCCAACUCAUUAUAAUGUUGUAUAUGACAGUGGUGCUUUGAAACUGGAUCACAUGCAAAGGUUAACAUACAAACUUUGUCACGUGUACUUCCAGUGGCCUGGAGUAAUCAGAGUACCUGCUCCGUGUCAAUAUGCCCAUAAACUUGCCUUCUUGGUUGGACAGAGUAUUCACAGAGAAGCACAUGUAUCACUUUCUGAGAACCUCUACUAUCUGUGA